AUGUCGACGGAGUUCCAAGUUUUGGAUAAUCUCCCCUUCUUCUUCGGUCGUGUUAGAGUGCGCAGGGAGGAUAGCGCCGCUGCGCACAGCGCCCUGGUACACAUUCCUUACAUAGUCCAGAACCUGUAUGACGACGACGACUUGAGAAGAACCCGAGAUCCCAACCACAUCCAUGCAGAAAAAGUCCCGCCCACCGCGGAGAAAGCGCUCGAGAAAGAGGAAUGUCAAGCACCAACACUCCCUGAUCGCCGUCGCCUUCUUUCAAGGUUCCAAGAACCAAAAGAACGGAAUCGAUGGUGGCGAAAUGUUCACAUGCUCGAUAAAGUGGUCAUAAAAUCGCUGCGGCAAAUUCUGGAUAAGGAAGGAGCGGACGGGAAGAGUCCCCCUGGUCCCCAACGAGUCAUAAUAAAGUCUCCCGGUCACACAUCAGGACAUACCAGAAAAAAACCCAGCUCGGAAAAGAUCUGGAACACUUGGAAAGGAAGGAGAUGUGAUAAGAUGGAACUUGAGGAAGGGUCUGUCACGGGGAGCGUGUCCGAUGGAGGGGAAGAGCUUCUACAACCCGAUGUCUUCGUCUGCAGACCCAGGGAUUCUACAACGCCUACCAAUGACAUACCUACUUCCCUCUACUCAAUUGAAAAGCCCUCCUCGCAAAUGAUGAUAUCGAACACGUAUGGAACGUGCUGCGGGUGCGAGUGCUUGGCCUGCCAGAAUGUGUUGGUCUCCAAGACAUCGCAAAACUCACCACUCGGAAAAAUUAAAGAGAUUGGCUCGAAAGCAGGUUUGUUGGGCGGGUGGAUGGUCGCAAGGCAGCCUCCUGGUUUUAUUUCUAAAAUGUGUGAUGUUGUGAAGAGAGGUUUGAGUGAAAGCCUGAGGAGAAGACGCCUUCCCCAAACCCAGUGCGUCAUAAACACAUGGAGGGCAGGCACCCAGAUUAGUACCAGAGGGGUGGGCGGCGCAAAGCGAACGGCCCAUUUUGUCAAGGCGAGAUGCCGUAGCCUCACCGAGUUGAGAGGGGGGAGAAGGUUAUACGUGGGCAUUUCGGCGAUCGAUGGAUUGAGAAUCUGGGAACCAGCAAGUGGGGCUCUGGGUCCCUCCCGAAUGGGCCCGAAGAAAAGCCCUUUCCCUCCAUUGCAGGGAGAGAAGGACUUCGAAAUAGGAAGCCAGAACAGCGGCACCAGUGACAUUAGUAAUAGAUAA